AAGAAAAUAAAGUUUCGAAGUAGAAACUCCAAAUAAGCAUCUUUCAACAGUACUGUAAUGAACACCCACCAGGCCACCACCGUCUGUGUCUGCCUCCCCAUUGGCCAUUUCAACUCUCUUCACAAAUGCAUUUCUCUUAACUUCUUCUAAUCCACAUGGCUUCCAUCUCUCUUCUCUCUACUUUCCCAUUUUACCCCUCCCUCUCCUCUUCUUCCUCCGCUUCCAGCUUCUCUUUUCUCCAUUUCAGGCUCUUAAAGCCCACCUGCCGUCUCUCCCUCAAACAACCAAGCACCCAAGAAACCGACACCCACUCCCCUCGAAACGACGCCGUCCGUGUCAUUUUCGCUGCUGGUGGUACCGGUAGCCACAUCUCCCCUGCUGUCGCCAUAGCUGAUGAGCUCAAACUCAUCAACCCCGCUACUCAGUUCCUCUUCGUUGGAUCGCCCAACAGCAUGGAAUCAAAUGCAAUCCCUUCUUUUGGUUUCGAUUUCGUCUCGGUUCCCUCUUUGGUUCGUUUGUUUCGUCCCUUAAUUUCUCUCAGAAACCUCUUUCUUCCUUACCAUAUAACUAAGUCUGUACUUUUCUGUAAUUCCAUACUUGAAGAUUUUGAUCCUCAUAUUGUAGUUGGCACUGGCGGUUACGUGUCGUUUCCUAUUUGUUUAGCUGCCGUUUUAAAAGGAAUUAAAGUUGUAAUUCAAGAACAAAACUCAGUGCCUGGUAUUGCCAAUUGGGUUCUUUCUUUUUUAGCUGAUAAAGUGUUUGUAGCGUUUAAUUCUACAGUGGAGUGUUUUCCAAAAAAGACUAAGUGUGUUGUGUGUGGGAACCCCGUGAGAUUGUCUGUGAGGACGUUUGUGCCAAAGGAAGUGGCAAAACUGAAGCUUUUUCCCAAGUCGGGGAAGGAGGAGGGGAAAGUUUUGUUGAUUUUGGGAGGGUCUUUGGGGGCCAAUGCAACAAACAUUGCAAUGUUGAAUUUUUACCAUAAAAUGUUGAUUGAGGACAAGUUGUUCAUCAUAUGGCAGACUGGGGUUGAGUCCUUCAAUGAGAUGGAAAGCCUGGUUAAGAACCAUCCUCAUUUGCUUUUGACACCGUUCUUGGAAUCUAUGGAUUUGGCAUAUGCUGCAGCUGACCUUGUUGUUUCAAGAGCUGGUGCAAUGACAUGUUCCGAGAUCUUGGUUGCAGGGAAACCUGCUAUUCUGAUUCCAUCACCAAAUGUUGCUGAGGGAGAUCAGUUAAAAAAUGCAUCGCUACUGGCAGAUGUAGCAGGUUCAAGAGUUAUCACUGAAGAUGAACUUGAUUCAAUCACCCUAGGAGGUGCAAUCAAAGAAAUACUAGGGAAUGAAGCUCUAAUGGAAGAUAUGAGUGAGAGGGCUCAGAAAGCUGCUAAGCCUACUGCCUCUGCCGAAAUUGCACAUCACAUUCUUUCUCUGAUCUAGUCAUCAGCCGCAAAGAAAUAGCAACAGAUCAAGUGACGGAUGGAAGUUUCUCCGGUCAACAGCAGUCCAAUCUACACUCACAGCAAAACUUCCUGCUGCCGCAAUUUUUGCUCUCCCUCUACCAGUGCCAUCGUCUUCACAACAGCUCAAAUGUUCCAUUGAAGCUGGGUUAGUUAUAUUAAUAUUGUUGUACAAAAGCCAGUUCAGGAGACUCACAGGUUCUCUCUCAAUUUUCCUUUGGCUUUGGAGUAGAUGCUAUUUACAAGCACUUCUAACAUCAGCCGAAAUGUCUAAAAGUGCUUCCAGGGUCAUGAAAUUUGUUGUUUAGUUGUAGACAAUAAGUGAAAUUUGUUUAGAUUUUUGGUGGUUCAUAUGAAACUUGCUCUUGUGUUUAGCAAGAUCAUCAAGUCCGCAAAAAACAAACUGUAUUAGAGUUGGGAAACUUAUCCAAAUUGAUUUGUAGGAAUCAAUUGUUCUAUCAAAAUCAGACUAAGUUUCUUGA